UCUUGUAUUUUAUUUCUAGCGGCAACUAAAUUGUUAGCACGUCGUUUUUUGGGCUGGUGGCUGUUAGAAGAGUGGCGGUUGGCAGCCUCAGAGCUUUGCCCAAACCAAGUCGUGCAGUCGAGAUAUUUUUAUCCUUGGCCACCAUCACCUACCUACCUUCUUGGCCAGCUCUCAUUCUGAUGCUUCAGUUACACUUGUGCCUCUUCAUCGCUCCCACUAUCUCCGCAUUUCUCUACCAUCGUGUCGCAAGUUUCAUCAGUUUACAGUGCCUUACCUUUCUUUAAUUCGUGAUUUUGCUCAAUGAAAUUAGAAAUAAAUGGCUCUUGAGCAAACACUAUUGUUUAUAUCUAGAUAAGUUUCGUGAUGUGUGACAUUCCCGCCGAAUGAUAUUUGGUCUGUACCAGAGUACAAAAUUGCAAUUAAAAUCAUUUUCAUCGGCCAUUAGAUGGGACACGGAAUCGCUUUCAAUGUCCGAUCGAAAUCAAAAUAUAGUUUCAUGUGACGAUUAAAAUUUGAAUGCAAACUUCUGCAAAUAUCUAACUCUCUCAUGCAUUAUUAUUUGCUCUAAUUAACUCUCUUGAUACAUUGGAAAAAUUUUUAUUCAGGCGUUAACGAAAAUGUUGGACAUAAGAAGGAUCAAUAUUUGAAUUCUAAAGUUGUGUGAACCCAAUAUCGUGCCGUGAUGUACACUCGCCAUGAGCGGGAGCAGGCCAAGGCGUCACUACGGCCGAAGUGCCACCACUUGUUACGCAAAUCUGCUGCCAGACGCCUCUGGUGAUAUCCUCAACCGCUGCUCAACUCUCUUCUCGAAACUCACUUCCCGCGUUCGAUCUUCUUCCCAAACUGCCGAAGAUCGUUUCACUUUGACUUCUCCUAACGCUUCUUCCUCUUCUUCAUCAACAAUGUCUUCGCACAUACCCCCACGCGUGUCGUCUUAUUCUCAAUACCCUAUGCUACUCAAGUACAGUAAGUACGAUGAUCCAAGUCGUUAUGAAAGGUAUUCUGAUUUGAAAAAUAGUGCAACCUCAUCGCGCUACGAUGAUCCUUCUUCCUCGCCUAGGUUCAAAACACGUGCACCGGGUUUGGCACCUUCAGCAUCGUUCUCAUCUUUUUCUAACUAUAAAUCUGACUACGGCAAUGACUAUCCUCGUCGUGAAAGUGACUACACACGACCAGAUGUUAGUUACUCAAGACGGGACACAGAUUUGCCCCGCCGGGAGACAGAUUACUCAAGUAAACCUACCGACCUCAGCGUACGGACUGGUGUCGGCGACUCCACGCGCCGAGACGAUCACUUGGAUGUAGGUGUAGGUGGUCGCCCAAUUCGUGGCAUCCACAGUAGUACGAGUAGCUCUCACAUUUCACCCAAUCAAGAGAAAAUAAGUUCACGCUAUAGACCCAGUAGAUUCUUGAAGAGCAAUCUUCUGAAAGGGAAAUGCGACGAAGGAGAUGAAGACGCUUUAUUGAUUAGAAAUCCUAGCACCAAACAACCUGACUAUUGGUCUCAUUACUCUGCUAUGUCUCCUACGUAUCUUCUGGAAAAGUAUUCUGCUGCAGAUAAAAAGAAAAAUGAAACCCAACUACGUCAGAAAUAUGGACUUGACAGUACACGAUAUCGACCUACAACUCUCACAGAGCGCAAGAGCCCGAGGACCCGCAUCCUUGAGUCCUCUCCUGACAACACUGCAGCGAUUCUCCGUCGAAGAGAGUGUGCACAGCUCAUUAACAUGUACUCGCUACCGAUAGACACCUUGCAGAGUAUCGAUAAAUCGCGAAAAUUCCGAAAAAGAGGGCAGGACGGAGGCGAAGGAGAAACUACGAGUAGAUUCGACCAAGUGAAAUUGAUGGCUGCUCAGGUGAGUUUACGUGCGGAUGAAGAUGCGUCUUUUGGUCCUCCUAGGAAAGUUUUGUAUGGCAGUGCGUCUACCGGUGAUAUGUUGUCUUCUCUUUCGAAGGGAGGGACUCAAAAGUCAUCUGGAACAUCGGGAACCCCUUCUGUCCACAGCACACCGGACUCGGACAAAUUCGUCUUGCAUGAUCCUCCAGUCGUCUUUGAAAAAGCAGCAAUGAAAGAGAAGCCUCCCCCACUGCGACCAACUUACCUAUUCCUUAGCGAUCAGUAUGACAAGUAUCCUUACUCUUCCAGUGACUAUAUCGGAGCCUACAGUGCUAAAUCGAGCGAUGUUCCCAGCAAUGCGACCACAUCCAGUGAUCCCAGCACUCCUCUCUCUAACGUUAAUAUCAACUUAAGUGAUAACUCGAGUUCCACGCCUUCGUCAUCUUCGCAUGAACCAACUUUAGGUAACCCACCCAAACCAGAAACGAAAAAUGAACGAUUGUCUCCCAUGAGCACGAUCAGCAGUCUUCCUUCAAGUUAUUUACCAAGCACGUAUUGUCCAGCCACUAGAUCCAAACUCGUUGAUUAUUGUUCGAAACCGUCCAUCACGGUGUCCAACUAUCUCGACGAUAUGCCUCAAGAUUUGUCAUUCUCCACGUUCAGGCCUAACGCAACCGCGACCACAACCUCAGCCCAAGGGGGUCCUACUACUUAUGUUGCUGGCGUUGCUUACGUGGAGGCUUUUCAACCAAAACCAACUGCGAUCACUUACGUAUCCUCUGUGCAGGCCAAGCCUUCUGUAGCUGGAAUAUCGUACGUCGGUGUGCCAGAAGCUAAGGCUGUCGACUUAUGCUCUACCGUCAAAACCAAUGCAGCAACAACUACGACUUUAACGGACUCGACUCAGCAUGAUGUGGAUGACGCUUAUGCCUUGGCGCACUACAAAUCGCUCGCAAUUAAAGGGGUCGGCAUGGGAUCACGGGCCAACUUGGGCAAUAUUUCGGACUCGAUUAACGGUAACACAGGAACUCGCAAUAAGAAUGCUGCUGACGUCAGCAAUGACACCGCGUACAAAAAUGCGAUCACAAGCCGCCUCAAUAACGGGCCUACAACGCCCAAUGAACUUCGGCCGAUUCCUGUCGCCGGUGAACCUACGAAGACCAGCAAGUUUUCGUCCCUUUAUGGGUCUAGUAGCGUGAGUAGCGACGAUAGCUCAAGAGCCCCUUCUGUCGAAGACGAUGAAGAUGGCCACCUCAUAUAUCGCAAUGGAGACAUACUGCAAGAUCGAUAUAAGAUUCUUGCUACUCUGGGCGAAGGAACUUUCGGCAAGGUGGUCAAAGUGAGGGAUCUUACAUGUGAUCAGAUCGUCGCCUUGAAAAUUAUCAAGAAUGUAGAGAAGUACAGAGAGGCCGCCAAGCUCGAAAUCAACGUCCUUGAGAAGCUCUCAGAGAAAGACCCCGCCGACAAGCAGUUGUGCGUGAAGAUGCUGAGCUGGUUCGACUACCACGGCCAUGUGUGCAUUGCCUUCCAGAUGCUGGGCUUGAGCGUCUUCGAUUUCCUGAAAGACAACAACUACCGUCCCUACCCGCUGGACCAGGUUCGACUGAUGGGAUAUCAGUUGUGUCACGCGAUCAACUUCUUGCACAGCAUCAAUCUCACGCACACCGACCUCAAGCCUGAAAACAUCUUAUUCGUUGACUCUGACCACGACACCAUCUAUGACUCGAAAAAGAAACGCGACAUCAGGAUUGUCAAGAAGCCAGACAUUCGCCUCAUUGACUUCGGCAGCGCGACCUUUGACCACGAGCACCACAGCACCAUCGUGUCUACCAGACAUUAUCGCGCGCCUGAGGUUAUUCUCGAGUUGGGCUGGAGUCAGCCUUGCGACGUGUGGUCGGUGGGCUGCAUCUUGUUUGAACUCUACCUGGGGAUCACACUCUUCCAGACGCACGAUAACAGGGAGCAUCUUGCCAUGAUGGAGCGGAUCCUUGGUCCUCUACCGUACAGAAUGGGCCGCAAGACGCGCACAAAGUAUUUUUACCACGGCAAGCUGGUGUGGGAUGAGAAGAGCUCUGCUGGGCGCUAUGUGCGCGAGAGCUGCAAGCCUCUCCGGAAUUACCAAAUGAGUGCAGAAGAAGAUCACAAGCAGCUCUUCGAUCUCAUCAGCCAGAUGCUUGAGUAUGACCCCGCUCAUCGUAUCACACUCUCUCAGGCUCUCAGACAUCCUUUUUUCGAGAAGAUCCCAAGUAGUCAGAGGUUGGAGUUGGGAUCUAGUCUGUCUCGUGAGCGUUCGCAUUCGCUCUCCCGGUGAUUGCCAGCCUCAGCGCCUUCCUGGAACCAUCAAUCCUACUGUCAGUACCAGCGCAAUGACUGCCAGCAUCUCGAUAAUAAAGCCAGCAAUUAUUGCGGUCAGGGCUGGCAGGACGAUACACAACUUCCUGGUAGAGAUCCGCAGUAUGGUGAUGGUCCAGGUAUCAUCACGUCGCAUCACGACUCAAAUUAUCACACCGAUACUUAUCCUUUUCGUCGACGCGCUUUCCAUGACGCCCGAAAUAAUAAUUUUCACAGUAAUGAUUACAACAAAAAUUCUGCCAACGAUACCGUUUAUUUCAAUAACGACACCUUGAGUCAAAACUUAGAUUAUCGUUCGCAAAUGUCUUAUGGAGAAGCCUUUCCACCUCAAUGGAGGUAUAAAAGCUCUAAAAAUCGAAGUAUAAAUCCCAUGGUGGCCAACGGGCAAUGAUACUCAUCAUGCGAUAUUCUUAUUAGAUAUAAUGUCUUACUGUAGCUCUAAAAUUAAUACCCAGCGUCAAAAUAUACAUGGUUCCAUAUUCUAAUUGGGCACUAAUAAUUUCACUAGUAAAUACAAUGUUGUGAUUCAAUUCAUAAAUUUUAUUGCAUAGCAAGUAAUUUUUUAAUUUGAGAUAUUCACGGUCUGAUUAUCAUCGAGCUAAGUUGGUGAUGUCGAAGAUACAGGAAGGCGUUAUUAAGUACUAGAAUUACGGUUCACUUGUAUGAUAUUCAUUUCAUCAUUCGCGCAGUAGGUACGUGUGCUAUUUGAAUGAUUUAAGUUUGGUUCUCGAGUCGCUACAAAUCGCUUGCCGAUCUCACUGCUGCGACUCUAAAGCUAUCGGUAAAUUACGGCUUUGGAAGAUGUAGAAAUGAUGUACAUACUUAUUCUCAUUGUAUAAUCUAGGUGCUUUUUUUUUAUUGUGUAUCAUUUUUUGAGUGAUUCAUCGAGAAUCCCAUGUUGGUGAGCAAGAUGCGUUAAGCAAGGAGUUGGUCUCUUAACCGGUGCGUCAGCUCAAACGUCAGAACAUUGUCCUACAGUACGCAAUUCAUGUUCAGAUACUAAUUGCUGCUGUCAGAUUUUUUUUUUUGCACAAUUGAACGAGUUACCGUUAUGUAUGUGGAUGAAUUUAUUGAAUCUUAUAAAAUUCAUGUAUCCUCGGCCCUCGCGACCUGAUAUGGACGCAACUGAGCACACUUAAGCCCAUCUAUAUAGGUUUGGAAUAGUGGCAUUGUAAUUGUUAGCAUUGUAAUUACGUACGUCAUCAGAGUAUGGUGACACCAUAAAUAUUAUACCGGCCUCUCUGAACGCUACUUUAUUGCUCAGAGCUUCAAAAUCUCUCGGCUGAACGCGUGUGGACCUUCCUAGUGUACUGUGGUAAGAAAGAUUUAAUCUUGAUAAAGUUUGUGUGAAAGGAUGUUAGACAACUGAUGUGAUGAAAGUCUGUUUGUAAAGCCUAUGAAGUGUUCUGUACAGGUGACGAAUUACUUUAAGUGCACGCCCCCAUCGUUGGACAACAUUUAAUUGAUAAGCGUAAAGAUUAAUAUGUGGUUCAUUGUGGAAGUCUCCUAGAAAUUUUUUCUUUUUUAAUUUCGACUUUUGUCCCCAUAUCAUUUAGACUUAUUAUUUAGAUUAAUUGCAUUUGAUUGCAAUGUUGAGGUACAUAUUAGAUUGGAUAUCGAAGUAUAUUAGUGGCCUGCGGAAAAUAAAUUGAUAGGUCGGUCGCAUUGUAGAUAAAAAUUUAAUUAAAAACCGUGAUGGCUGACAUUAUUUAAGGCUUACGGGCCCGAGAAAAGCGAAUCGAUCGACACUUGUUGCUCUUAUUAAAUAUUUUGUUAAUAACGUGUGGGAUCAUUGUGGAAGUCUCCUAGAAAUUUUUUCUUUUUUAAUUUCGACUUUUGUCCCCAUAUCAUUUAGACUUAUUAUUUAGAUUAAUUGCAUUUGAUUGCAAUGUUGAGGUACAUAUUAGAUUGGAUAUCGAAGUAUAUUAGUGGCCUGUGGAAAAUAAAUGGAUAGGUCGGUCGCAUUGUAGAUAAAAAUUGAAAUAAAAACCGUGAUGGCUGACAUUAUUUAAGGCUUACGGGCCCGAGAAAAGCGAAUCGAUCGACACUUGUUGCUCUUAUUAAAUAUUUUGUUAAUAA